ACUAUCCGUCACAUCCAACGUUUUUAUGUAAAAUUGUUAAAUCAAUCACAAUGUAAUAAAAGUAAAGUUUUAUUACAUUGUGAUUUGUUAAAAAUGUGCAAAUGUUUGAUAAAAUCUUAGAAUCGACAAGACAAAAGUCGUGCUCGUGUCCAAAAGGCAAAAUAUGUUCAGCUUGCAGAUCAAAAAAAGUUAUACCACCUCAAGUAAUAGUGGAAGAACCAAAUCGUUUACCAGCACCCAUCUCCAUAACGUACUAUAGACCAAGCAAACCGCUUUACCAAAAUAAUCCGCACAUACAAUAUGUAGAAAAACCUAAACAUUGGAAAAUACGUAAAAAAACAAAAUACGAACCACAACCAUCGAGAUGUAUGAAUGUAUGCCGCUGGUAUAAACGUAAUAAAGCCAGGAGAGAAUUAAAAAGAGAAUAUGAAAAGGAAAAAGAGAGAGAGAAGGAGAGAAAACGUGCCGAAAUUGAGAGGGAGAUGUUAAAGGAGCUCAUUUAUAUAGAAGAAGCGAAAAAACAAACUCAAUAUGUACCUCCCAAAACGACACCUCCGAAAAAGACUGUUAUUAAAAAGACAGUUUCAAAAAAGACUGCUCCAAAAAAGACAGCUCCUAAAAAGGCAGCUCCAAAAUAUGUUAAAGAAAGUUCAGCGUACGUCAAGCCAAAGGCACGUUCGAAAUAUGUAACAAUAAAAAAAAAAAGUGAAUUUAAAGAACCUUUAACAAAUAGAUUCGUCAAUAGCUGUUACCGAUUUUGUUGUCAUCUGUACUGCUGCCUAACCUGCGUCGUGGUCAUAGUAUUCACUGUGAUAGUUAUUCUAUGAUAUUACAUAAAAUAAAACAACCCAAUUCUAUAAUUAA